ACUUGAACUGACAUAUCUUAAAAUACACCAGUGCCCUUUGUUUUGCCUCAAAAUGCACAUAAGUAAUGUUUUUAGUAAGGUAUGUUUGUUAAAACUAAUUAUAUUUCCUAAUUAAACUAAAGCCUAGUCCUGGAUUAAGCUAAUCCCUGUCCGGGAAACCGCCCCAAAAUGUUAUUGUGUUAAAGAUGUUGAUAGUUUGAUAUUUAUAUCAAAUCUCCCCAAGUGCAUUAUUUACUGUAAACAUGUUAAUAGCUGUUUGCUUUCAAAAGCAGUUCAGUAAAAAAAAUCAUGUUUGUUACAGUUUCAAUAGUCAUACCGUAGUGGAUUCUAUACAGAAAAUCUGUUGUUGUAAACAAACACCUAUUACGAUAACACUUUAAUUUUAAGUAACUGAUGUUUAUAGUGAUCCUAUACCCGUUUUCCUUUUCUGUACUGUAAAGUGUUCAAGGAGAAUAGAACAAAUCUUUACUGUCCACCAGGGUGGACAUUUUUGAAAUGAUGUGGUGGAAAUGAUCUGAUAGGCUAAACAUAACAUGUUUGUACUUUAAUGUAUUUUAAAUACACAUUUCAUUUUAAAAAACAAAACCCCUUUUUUGAAAAAUCUAUUGGCUAUUGAAAAUUAUGAGAUUUGUAAACCGCAGGAUAAAUGAAUGAAGUGUUGAGUGUCUUCUCUCUCCAGUACAGCAGGAGGCGCUCUGCAGCUCUUUAGUCCACAUAUAAACCCACUAAAGAAAGAAAGAACUCGCGUGUGAUGUGUUUGUGUAUCCUCAGACAGACUUGUCUCUUUGUAUUUUAUUGUUGAUGAUGGAUGUGAUGUGCUGUAAAUCAGUAGGAACUGAUCUGUCCAUGCUGGAUAUUGAUGAUUUCAUCACAGAAAUCUCUCAGCUGAAGAAAGAGGUGGCGUUACUGGAGACAAAGCUGAGGUUAAGAGGAGAUGAAGGACUGAAGAGAGAGGACUCCGAGCUCAGUCUGACUUUACUCUGUUAUACUGAGUCAAAGCACACAGACGCUCAGGACACUACAGUGUGUGACAGUAAUCAGGACUUACAGGAUGAUGAAUCUACUGAUCAAACCUCCACAGAGUCUCUGGAUUCUGUCUGUAACGCUGGAGAACAGCAGCAGAUCCUGCAGAACAAACUCAACAUGUGUUCAGUCAAACUUGAAGACAGUGGGAACCAAACUGAGAUAAAAACAGAAAAGACUCAAGAGAAAGAGAACACUGAUAAAGAUGAUGAUGAUUUCAUUCCUUCAGAUAAGAUCAAUGAUUCGUGUUUGGAUGGAGAAAUAACAUCCUUAACAUCAACUCUUAUCUGCAUCACCACUGUAGAUACAUUGAGCUCACAGAAAGAUUCAGAGAGAAAACACACAGAACAGAAACUUUUCACCUGCAGGAGAUGUAAGAUCAGCUUUACUACCUCACAAGAGCAUAGACGUCAUUAUUUAAAAGUGCACAGAGAGAAGACGAAGCAGUUUGGCUGUCAGGAGUGUGGCAGGGAUUUUGUAUUCUUAUCUCAGCUAAAAGUUCACAUGAGGACACACAGUGAUGAAAAGCCUUUCCACUGCACUGAAUGUGGCAAAUAUUUAAGAUCCAAAGCAUCUCUUGUUCUUCAUAAGAGAAUUCACACAGGAGAGAAACCAUACGAGUGUCCUCAAUGUGAGAAGAGAUUUUGCCAAAUAUACCACCUGAAGAAACAUGCGCUUAUGCACACCAAUGAGAGACCGUAUCAGUGCAGUCAAUGUGGAAAAACAUACAAGGAUUCAGGUUCUUUAAAAUUACACCAGAUUAUUCACACUGAAGAGAAACCCUUUCCAUGUUCACACUGUAAUAAACGUUUUGGUCAGAAAUAUCAGCUGAAAGGUCAUCAGAGAGUUCACACUGGAGAGAAACCUUACGUCUGCUCGAUUUGUGGAAAGAGCUUCUCACAUCACAGUGCCAUCAGAGUUCAUCAGAGAGUUCAUACUGGAGAAAAACCUUAUCACUGUGAUGUCUGUGGGAAGAGUUUCUCUGAUCAAUCUCAUUUCAAAGCCCAUCAGAGAGUUCACACUGGAGAGAAACCUUAUCACUGUAAUGUUUGUGGGAAGAGUUUCAGUCAGCGUAGCCUUUUAGUAAAACAUCAGAGAACUCAUACAAGUGGAGAAACCUUUCAAAUGCUUUCAGUCUGAGGAGACGUUGCCACUUAAAAGCCCAUAAGAGACUUCAUACUGGAGAGAAACCUUAAGACAGAGAUUCACUAAUGGUAGGACCUUUUAAGACUCAUCAGACGAAACACACUGAAGAACAAUCUGAUCUGUGAAAAAGACAAAAACUCUUCUCAGGAUUUAGAUCUUUCUAAAGAUUACAGUGGACUUCUAACAGAAAUGCUGCAUUCACAAAGAAUCUGAAUCAUUUGAAAAUGUCACGGCGCAAGUUGUACAAUGGUCUCACUCCUAACAACAGAAUUCAAUGUUAAAGUGUAACAAUAAACUUCACUCAGUGUUGAAACACACUUUUUACCUUAAACAUGUAACCCCUAAUCAGUGUGAGCCAGGCCUCAACGAAUCCAAUAGCCUCUGAAUUCCAGCUGUGAAGCCAAAAUCGUGAUGCGUUUGGGCUGUCGGGCCUAUAGUGUGGUUGCGCUUCAGUAAACCCCCGCCCUUAAUAUGCUAAUCUGGUAAUGUUGUAGUUCUUGGCCUUGUCUUAGAAUCAAACGCUUUUUUACUCUGUCUCGUCUCGGUCUCAGACAAAGAGGACUCUGAAUUUUAUUUCAAGACCGAUCAAGAACACAGCUGAUGGCACAUCACACAUUUAUUUUUUUAUCAUUAAUUUUAUGCAGUUUAUUCAGGUUUGGCAUAUGAUGUUGGCAUUGUUUAGGUAUUGUUUAAGUUUCUAAUGACACAUUUUUCUAAUUGUAUUACUAAAAACACCUGCAUUGUGUUAAGAAGACUGCAAGCCAUGGAAAGACAGUUCAGAAUAAAUGGUAAAGUUGAUUUUA